AUGUUACUUUUCGUUCUUGAGGAGGCGUUUCCGACUGGGAACGGGGCAUUUCUCCUCCCCAGUCUCCACGGUCCUGCUACCACGGGAGCCUCCCGUCGUCGUCUAGGGGAAAUAUUGUUCGGGCUUGGGGCGGCGUAUCCGACCGGAAACGUGGCUUUCCUCCUUCCCGGUCCCCCACGGUCCUGCUCCCCAUACUCCACGAUCCUGGUCCUGCUCCCCGGUAUCCGCGGUCCUGCUCCCCGGUAUCCGCGGUCCUGCUCCUCGGCCCCACGAUCCUGCUCCCCGGUCCCUCCGAUCCGGCUCCCCGGUCCCUCCGAUCCUACACCCCGUGCCCCAUGGUCCUGUUCCAUGGUAUCCCGGGUCCAGCUCCCCCGUGGUCUCUACGGUCUUACUCCUUGGCCCCAUGGUCCUCAUCACCCUGGUCUCUACGGUCUUGCUCCACUGGUUCCUCCAGUCCUACUUCCCGUUCCCGCGGUCCUAGACCUGCUCCUCCGGUCCCCCACGGUCCUGCUUCCCGGUCCUCCAGGUCCUGAUCCUGCUCCUCGUUCCCACAGUCCUGGUCCUGUUCUUCGGUCCCUCCGAUCCGACUCCCCGUACCCCAUGGUCUUCUUCCAUGGUAUCCCGCGGUCCUGCUCCCCAUGGUCUCUACGGUUCUCCUCCUUGGCCCCCCAUGGUCCUCCUCACCCUGGUCUCUACAGUCCUGCUCCCCGUUCCCGCGGUCCUGGUCCUGCUCCCCGUUCCCACAGUCCUGUUCCCUGGUAUCCCGCGGUCCUGCUUCUCGGUCUCCACGGUCCUAGUCCUGCUUCUCGGUCUCCACGGUCCUAG